AUCAGAAAGAAGACAGCACGCACUCCACAAACACAACAGCCUCCACCUCCAAUCCUCUGUGGAAAACAAUCAAACAUGUUGUCGGCUCAUUCUCCCUUCCUCGGCGGAACCCCAACCCCAACUCGCCGGACCACUCCAACCCCCCGCCGCCACCGCUCACUCUCAAUCGCCUCCUCCUCUCCCCCUUCCGACCCGCUCACCACCUUCGGCCGCCUCCUAUGGGGCCGCUCCCUCCCCCCCACCCCCCUCAUCUCCCUCGCUCGCUCCUCCUGGUCCUCUGCCUGGCAUCUCAUGAUGCUCCAGCUCGCCCCAUCCACCCCUUCCGGCUCCUACUCCCGCCCUUCCUCCCCCUUCCCCUCCGUCACCUCCCGUCCCCUUCGCCUCCACCUCUACGCCGCCUUCUCCUGCCCUUGGGCCCACCGCACCCUUCUCGUCCGCGCCCUCCGAUCCCUCGAAUCGCUCAUCCCCGUCUCCCUCGUCGUCCCCGGCAGAGACGGAUUAUGGGAAUUUGAAUCUCCUGAUUACCCCGGUGGCUGCCGCACCUUAAGAGACGUAUACGCGCUUCGGCCCGGCGGGUAUGAUGGUCGGUCGACAGUGCCGAUGCUUUGGGACUCGGAGCUUAGAAACGUCGUCUGCAAUGAAAGCUAUGGCAUCGUCGAGUUCUUCAACGCGCUUGAUUCUGGCGGGGAUGAUCUCGCGCCGGAUCACCUCCGGCGGCAGAUUGAACAUUGGAAUGCGAUCGUUUAUCCCAAGAUUAACAACGGCGUUUACAGAUGCGGGUUCGCGCAGAGCCAGGAGGCCUACGACGCCGCCGCUUCCGAGCUCUUCGCCGCCAUGGAUGCGAUCGAGGAGCAUUUAUCUUCUUCCCGCUACCUCUGCGGCGAUACGCUCACAUUAGCAGACGUGUGCCUUUUCACCACACUGAUCCGCUUCGAUCUGGUGUACAACGUCCUCUUCAGGUGCACAAAGAAGAAGCUGGUUGAGUACCCUAACCUCCAUGGAUAUACACGAGAGAUAUACCAGAUGCCUAAGGUUGCAGAUACUUGCCAUUUCGGCGCCAUCGUCGAUUCGUAUUAUGGGACUCUGUUCCCCUUGAACCCUAGCGGCAUUCGUCCCCUUCUCCCCGAUUCUGCUUCAGAGGCCGAAUUGCUUUCCAAGCCGCAUAAUAGAGAAUAUCUUUCUUCGACACGCAGAGAUCCCUUGCCACAAGCUGCUUGAUU